AUGUCCAUGUUUCCAGGAACAGUGGCCUUUGAUGAAUUUGGUCGACCAUUUAUUAUAUUAAGGGACCAAGAAAACCAAAAACGGUUAACCGGUAUCGAUGCGCUGAAGUCUCACAUUCAAGCCGCAAGGCAAAUUGCGAGCAUUCUCCGCACAUCUCUUGGUCCAAGGGGCUUGGACAAGAUGAUGGUGUCAUCAGAUGGUGAAGUGACAGUCACUAAUGAUGGUGCCACUAUCUUGAAAUUAAUGGAUGUAGAGCACCAAAUUGGUAAACUUAUGGUACAGCUUGCUCAGAGUCAAGAUGAUGAAAUUGGUGAUGGAACAACAGGCGUUGUAGUUUUGGCUGGUGCACUGUUGGAACAAGCAUCCAACCUAAUAGACAAAGGUAUCCAUCCAAUUCGUAUUGCCGAUGGUUUUGAAAUUGCCGCAGCAACAGCUUUAGCUCAUUUAGACAGCAUAAGCGAAGCUUUCCCAGUUAACAAAGGUACAAGGGAACAUCUGAUUAAAGUUGCCAUGACUACGCUCGGAAGCAAGGUUGUGGUGAAGUGUCACAGACUGAUGGCAGAGAUAGCUGUUGAUGCAAUCCUCUCCGUAGCUGAUCUUGAAAAGCGUGAUGUGAAUUUCGAACUGAUCAAAGUAGAGGGUAAGGUUGGAGGUCGUAUGGAGGACUCCAUGUUGGUUCGUGGUGUUGUCAUCGACAAGACCAUGAGUCACCCUCAAAUGCCCAAAGUUUUGAAGGACGUGAAACUGGCAAUCCUCACCUGCCCGUUUGAACCACCAAAGCCCAAGACCAAGCAUAAGCUCCAAGUUGGAUCCGUUGAGGAGUACCGUGACCUGAGGAAGUAUGAACAGGAGAAGUUCUUGGAGAUGGUCAAGAGAGUAAAGGAUGCCGGAGCGACUCUUGCUAUAUGUCAAUGGGGCUUUGACGAUGAAGCCAACCAUCUCCUUCUCGCUCAGCAGCUCCCAGCUGUCCGUUGGGUGGGUGGUCCUGAGAUGGAGUUGAUCGCCAUUGCCACUGGUGGCAGGAUAGUUCCUCGCUUUGAGGAACUGACUCCGGACAAGCUUGGGUCUUGUGGACUGGUUAGGGAAUUGACAUUCGGCACAUCCAAAGAUGAGAUGCUGGUUAUCGAGGAGUGUUCCAAUUCGCGCGCCGUCACCGUGCUGGUGCGUGGUGGCAACCGCAUGAUAGUGGAGGAGGCCAAGCGCUCCGUGCACGACGCACUCUGCAUCGUCCGCAGUCUGGUGCAGGAUUCCCGAGUGGUCUACGGUGGUGGUGCUGCAGAAGUGUCCUGCUCCUUGGCAGUGGCCAAGUCUGCAGACAAGUUGUCAUCCCUCGAUCAGUACUCGUACAGAGCGUUCGCUGAUGCACUGGAAGCUGUGCCCAUGGCCCUGGCUGAGAACAGUGGUCUGUCACCCAUCGACACAUUAUCAGAAGUGAAGGCGCGACAAGCUGCAGAGAAUAAUAGCAAUUUGGGUGUUGAUUGUAUGGGAAAUGGUUCCAAUGACAUGAAAGCAAUGAAUGUCAUCGAGUCCCUCCACUCAAAGAAGCAGCAGAUUGCACUCGCAACACAACUCGUCAAGAUGAUACUUAAAAUAGACGAUGUGCGUUCACCGGCUGAUUCUAUG